AGUUCUCAACACGAUUACAUUAUAUCAAUAAGUUUUUCUUACAUAAAAAUGAAUUCAUUUGUAAUAUUUCAUUUAUUGUGCAUUGCAUUAGUGCAAUCAUUAGGAAUUUUCAACUUAAUUGAUGAUUUAAAAUUCGAAGCAUCUGAAAAUAAUAAUAAUUGGGAAAAAGGAGAUGGUGGAGAACAUCAAAGUGAUUAUAAUUUAGUGAAAGGGGAAAAAAUAAAUAAUGCCUAUGACAUUAUUAAGCAUUAUGAUAAAGGUGAAAUGGAACAUAAUGAUAAUAGUCAACAUCAUGAUCAUUACAGUGAUGAUGAUAGUGAUAAAAAAAAAUAUUAUCAUAAUAAUGGUUAUUUUGCUGUUCAACACAAGGGACAGGAAAGUGAAAAGGGACAUGAAUUUCACGAUGAAGGAAAUUAUGCAAAAGGACACAGUAUCAAGGGACAUCAUGAAGUUCAUAAAUUAGAUGAAUAUAAAAAGCAUACGGAUUUUUAUGAUGAAAAUUAUGAUCAUGGUCAUCAUGAGGAUGAUGAGGCUGAUUAUAAUGAAAAGGAACAUGAAACUGGAGGUCAUUAUAAAAAGGAAAAUCUCGAUAGUGGAUAUCAAGAAGCUCAUAAGGAAAACAAGGGUCAUUAUGAAAAUGGACAGCAUCAUAAUGUUCAUAAAGGACAUGUGGAUGAAGGUGGUCAUGAUAAACAUCAUCAAAAUCAUCAAUUAUUUAAUAAUAAUGACGGUAAUAAAGGUUAUAAAAAAUGGUAUUUCGAAAUAGUACACUAAAUUAAUUAUUGAGUUUUCAUUGUUUUUGUAAAAAAAAAAAAAAAUUCUAUUAAAUUGUUUUGUUUAAAGAAAAUAAAAAAUUUGGUAUUUAUUUUUAUUUAUUGUUAAUUCGUCAUCGUUUGGUUAAUUCAACUUGUUUGCUUCUUGAUUUCUUUGGUCAGAAAUUCCCUUUGGUUUUUUUUUCAA